AUGUUCACUAAACUGAUUUGCAUUGCCGCAUUGGCCAUCUCCUGUGUUUGCGCUAAGCCAGGACUUGCUCCGCUUGCCUACUCAGCACCAGUUGUCGCCGCUGCAGGACCUGCUUUCGUAACGGCCCAGAGCUCCCAGGUUGUUGCUCGUAAUUACAAUGGAAUUGCUCCAUUGGCAUACACCGCUCCGAUUGCUGCUCCGUUAGCCGCACCGGUUGCUGCCCCAUUGGCGUAUUCUGCUCCCGUUGCCAAGGUCGCAGCUCCGCUGGCCUACACAGCUGCUGCUGCUCCGCUAGCUUAUGCUGCUGCUGCUGCUCCCGUUGCCCGAGCCUUCGCUUCGCCGUACGCUGCUUAUGCCACUCCAUAUGCUACUCCAUAUGCUGCUCCAUAUGCUGCCCCAUAUGCAGCCCCAUAUGCUGCCCCAUAUGCAGCCCCAUAUGCUGCAUACAGCGCAGCAGCGCUGUCGCCUUACCGGUACAGCCCAUACGUCCUGUGA